AUGGAGAAGACUGGGCCUAGCCCACGUCAUGUUUUGACUCGUCAUCUGCACUACUGCGGCUGCGUAUUGGUCAAACAAAACAAAAUGGCGACCAUCAACUUUGAUCAACUAAAGGUAAUUUAAAAUAUGUAUUUCUUCUGCUACAAUUAUUUACUGCAAACGGCUUGAGCAUCUUCUCUAAGCUACUACGUUUUCUUUCAGGCACAGAUAAAUAAGGCGCUGGGUGAUGCUUCGGUGGUUGUGAAGUUUUCUUGUGCGACUGUAUGUCUUCUCUACUGUUUGACUUUCAUUGAUUCAACUGUUUAUGCUGCUUUAGCUGUUACUCCUGGAUAGUAAGUUACACGUGUGAUGAAGUUUACUAAUUUUACUUUGGUUUAGAUUUCCGCGCAGCUCCAUACAUAUAUUAUGCGUACAUGUUUGACUCUAUUCAUAUGAAGUAUCCGCGUGAACGGAUCAGAUAGUGCCUUAAACCUUUUUGUGCAGCAAUUUCAUAUACAAAAAAUGUAGUAUGAAAUCGCUGCAUGGAUAAUAAAUGUAUGGAGUUGCACGGAAAUCUUAAUACCUUACUUUGUAGCAUUCGUUUUUAUCAUAACAACCUUUAUUGAUUUACCAAGUGUUUGAAUUUGUCUACCUGUUGGUUCAAUUACAUUGUAAGCUUAUACAUUUGUAUGCUACCUUGACCAUGCCCAUAAUAAGUUUGUUUCGUUUCCCAUCUCCCAACUGGGAUUUUGGAAAGGAAAAAAAAGCAACAACAACAAGCAAAGAAAAAAUUCUACAUACACUGUCUAGAAAGGCAAAAUGUAAAUGCCUAGCUAUCGUAGCAUAGAACUCAAUGAGAUCUUGCACGCCAUGUGCAAAGAUAUUUACUGCCAGUUGCAGCACAUGACAACUGAACUACUGGACUGCAAAUAGGAUAGUUUCUCAGUGACAUUCGAUGGUUCCUUUACGCUGAAUACAAAUACUUACAAUGUGCAUUGAUGCUGGGUAAGCCUUGAUCUGGUUUUCCUGUGAAAUGAAGUCUGAGGAAUGAAUCAACCAAUCAGAAGCACUCCCAGAUCUGAGAAGUGACACGUCAUCAGUUCUGAAUUUCUGCAGUUGUUUCUCAGAGUUAAUUUUGUGGGAUAAAAUGGUGUCUGUUUUGUCGGGUUACAUGCUGCCCAGACUGUGCUAAAUCCACAUUGUCUGUUUAAUAAAAGGAAAAAACGUCUGUUCAAGACUUUAUUUUGAAGAACAGUCGCUCCUAAAUUUCAGGUUUUAUAACUUAUGCUAACUACAGUCAACACUUGCCUUGCAGACACCUCGCUAUUGCGGACCCUCACUAUUACGGACAAAAUUCAGAUUUCUGGCAAAAGCUUUAGGGGUUUGACUGGAAAUGACUCCCGCUAUUACAGACUCCCAAUAUUACGGAAUUACGGACACUUUUUUGGUACUAAAGUGACAAUUUUAUCGUUCUGACUUUCGAUAAAGUGGACAUGCUGUACUUCUCAUACAACAUAAUUAUGUAAAAUUACAGUCUGCUGUUCAUCAUUUGCCAAAUUACAUUUCAAAAGAUUCAGUUUCACAUCAAUAAAUUAUUCCUAAAAUUGUCUGCACAAUCACUGUCCUCACUUCUUCACUUGAGCUUGCACUUUUGUCUUCCUGGCUCUUUGGGAGAGCCCUUUCUACCCUCAAUGACUGUGUUUUGGUAUUCUUUUAAGUUUGUCUGCCUUGCAAGAUAUUUUGGUUUGGGCAAGUGUUACUUGCUGUUUCAGUUUGUUCAGUCUUGCAAAAGAUAUUUUUUUAACAAAAAAUGGGCUACCUCCAAAAAACACAAUCUGUGGCAAAUUGUUUACCUCUAAAGACAACUACUGCAAAUUGUUUAUGCAAGGACCAUGUCUAAAUGUAGUAUCAGACACUGUUUUUGAUGAGACAUUUUUUAAUAUUACAGUUUCAGUUCACUCCGUUACGCUCUGUUGCUCAGCGCGAAAACUAAAGAGCUGCAUUGAUUAAUUGUUCUGUUAUUUGCAUAAGUAGCACAUUUAACACACAUUAAAGAUUUAAGAAAACCUUACAAACGUAGUUCAUGUUAUUUAUAAUAUUAUUGUAUGUUAACAGCACUUUUUUUUCGCCCGCCCCACUAUUACCGACUCUCGCUAUUACGGACAUAAAACCACGGUCCUGAGGGUGUUCGCAAUGACGGGAGUUGACUGUAUUGGUUACUUAUCCUACUGAAGUUACAUUGUAUUGAUGUAUGAGGGUUGAUUGCUAUGCUUGGGUGCUGAACAUGUUUUAUUACAGUUACUGUACAUGUCUUUCUCAGGUUUAUGUGUAGAAGAAUUGCAUUGUGUUAGUAUCUAUAUGCUUUUAGUUUCCCAUAGGUUUUUUAACCUUUUUUUAUUUUUGCUACACAUACAGUCUGUACAGCUGUAGAAUGUAUUUUAAUUUUCCUUUUAUCUUGUUUUCUUCAGCAUUAUUCCACCUCAUUUUAGAGUAUGGACAUUAAUUACAGGAGGUUUUACAGAGUAUAGAAUAUGGAAUGUAAGUGCCUGCUUUCAACCUAACCAUUCCAUUUAAAGAUUAAAUCACCUAAAUCGUCUCUAAAAAUAACCUGUGUUUUCAGUAGCAUCCUGUUAUGCAUCCAUUGACCCAUGAUUUAUGAGUUGGUCAUAUUAGAGGGGUUGCACUGGUCUUUCUGAUCUUAUUUUUCAAGAUAUAACACAUAUUACAUUGUACUUGAACUCCUUGUAUGCACUUUAAAUGAGAUUUUUUAAAAAGAUCAUGAUACUUUUUACUUGUUUUGAUACAUCUCAAGUCUUUGUUAGUUUAAUAAUACUUUGAAAGUGAAGAAUGAUCAUCACAGUAAAUUUUCAAUUUAAGCAAUUGGAAAGAAGAAGCCUGAAAAAAAAAAUCAGGGCUUCAACGGGAUACUUUGAAAGUAUUGUUUGUACAAGUUAUAACAACCAAGAGAAGCAUGACUCCAUAACUGUGUAACCAUGAGUACAUGAAAAAAUUGAUAACAAUGAAAAGAACAUACUUAAAACAAAGUUCUGACUAAUGGUAGGCACACUGCUAAUUCCAGCUUGCACAAGAAUUGUUGCCUCCUUCCUGCAAACAAUAGUUUUUAUACAUGCUUAACUUAUGUCAUUUGUGCAGAGAGUAGUUUUUUUCAUGCGCUGACAAAGUCAUGCAAAAGUGAUGCCAUUUUGCUGAUAAGUUGUUCUUGUACAACACCAUUUAACUACAUAUAGCUGGCACAGUUUGAGCAACAGUUCCUUGUCAUCACUUUUAGAGGUUAAGUCGUCAUAACUACAUGUGUUUUUAAUGGUUUUGUCUGUUUACAGUAAAUAUGAUUUUUAUAUACAAGAAGAAAAUUGUCAAACAGCACCUUCUUACAAACUGAGACAAACUUGAAAAAAAAAAGGGAGCUACAGUUAACAUGUACCUGAGUAAAAUCUGUGAAAUAAAUUAAGAACCCUCUUAAGUUUAUUCCCAUCUGUACUUCUUCUGCACUUUUUGGUAAUAUUUCUUUUUAAUGUCAAAUGCUUGUUUGUUUUUUUUUUUUUUCAGGUGCUAAUAGAUAUUGCAGUGCUUGUGCUUUGUGGUCAGCUACUUGAACCCCUGUGGGGAGCACUUGAAUUUCUGGUAAAUACACUGAACAUCUAGUUAAUAUGCAUGAUGUAAAUACAGGUGAAAGUGAAAGAUCAAGCAUAAGAGGUUUUCAUACAUCCAAUGCUAGAAUAGUAAGAUGGGUACUUGAGCAUCCUGCUUCCCCAAGUGAUGAAAAAACCUUGCACUUCUGUUUGCAGAGGGUACAAUGUAGUUUACAUUUUUUGUCCUUCCUUGGUCACAUUUUCUUUACCCACUUGCUUUUGCAAACAAAUUUUAUUUUAAAUAACUGAAGUCUAUCUUGUGUAAACAGAGGCUAACCACAGCAAAGCAGACAGCCUUCCAGCAAAUUUCAUCGGCCAAAGGCAGCUGUGUCAAUGUUGUAGUUAAAUUUUAUCCUUGAUUAGAUGUUUUCCUUUUUUUUUCAAACUCUUUAUGUUCCCUACUAACCAUUCGUGUACCUAAAUCAAGGGGAAAUAAAAUAAAUUAUUUAAAACUGGAACAAAUCCAAGCUACAACAUUUAUAUCAUGAUAUCAACUUUUUGUUUGAUGUGUACUACUGGGCGUUGUUAGAGUUUACAAAAACAUUUGUGUGUGUCCAAAUGUAAAUAAAGCAAAUAAAUAUUUUAUGUUUUGCCUAUGUAAUGUCAUGUUAUCUCAGAGUCUCGCUUUCUUCUCCUCCUGACCUACAAUGUAAUCUUGUUGAUUAUUAGUCUAACUUGCAUAGGCAGCAAAGCUCUUAAUCUGCAGCGCGUUUUUCGUCGUAUUUAGGACACAAAAGGGGGGUCAUUGUGCCAGGCGUUGCUAGCUGAGACCAUGGAAACUGAGAAUAAGAAUCGUUGCAUGAUCGAAGCCACGCAUGUUUUGCGAAGAAAGCUUAGGAAAGAUUAAAUUUAGAGCUUUUCCGAAACUUGUCAUUCCACAAAUUCUAUCGCUUCAAAGCGUUGAUUACUUUGGAAGAAGUGAACACUACUGAGUGGUCGAAAAAAAAAAAAAAGAAUCUUAAUUAGCAAAACUGCGAAAGUCGGGUGUUGUAAAUGGUGAUUGUAUGCAAAUGGGUCUUGUGAUGAGCAGGCAGUUUAUUUUCGGCAAUGAUUGAAAUGAUGUGCCAUGUAAAUCACUUUUUUAUCUCUGGCAAUGAUGUAAUUUCUCUGGAAUCAAGGCCCUUGAAUUUUUGUGUAUUUAUACAUGCGUAUAGCCUGCGACUGCAGAUGUAUUUCCCGUCAUCGCUAACACUCGUACUACAGCUGUACACUGUAAAUCAAUUCAGAAACGAGUAAAAAGUAAAUAUCCUGAAGAAUACUCAACGUUGCUGAAGUAGGAAGUAAAUAAAAAACCUUUGACGAGUAAAUCCUGUUUCAUGUAGAAUUAAUUGCCUCCUCAUUUCUCUAUCUGAUCUCCAAGCAAGCGAGACUGAAUGCUGCUGUAAGAACGUUCUUGUUGUUAAUUAAUGGAAGGACUUUUUUAAUGUAAGCCGUCUGUCUCAAUGAUUACUCUCUUAGUGCCAAUGCAAAUUUGUAAACAAACUGUUUAAAGGUAUAAAGUACUAUACCCUGAAUUCAAUUUUGAUUCAGAUUGCUUUUUUUUUUUCUUUGUAGAAAUUUGUAUUAAUCUUAGAUGUAGGAACCUCACUGCUAGCGUCAGCUGUCUGUGUUUUUGCUUAUGUUGCAACAUUUGACACACAAAUGUGGUAAGUCUUAAAGUAUUCAUAUAACUACAUUUAUAAUUAGAGGAUAUGUAUACGUAUUUGCUGAACAUGACUUAGUUUUGUUGAGUUUGUUGCAGUUAUGAGAAUAAACAGCUCCCUUUUAAAGGCCUCCCAUCCAUUAAAAUAUGCAACCCUGCUAUUAGAUCAUUUACAGGAACAAUAGAUAGAUAGAUAGAUAGAUAGAUAGAUAGAUAGAUAGAUAGAUAGAUAAUAUUGUGUUUUCAUCUUACUUAUAACUUUUUUGUAUCUGUAGGUUUCUACAGUUUAGUGGAAUGACAGGAAUUUUAUCUGGUAUGAUGAUUGCUUUUAAACAAAUUAAACCUGAGCAAGAAUUAGGAAUGUCUUCUCUUGGUCUUCGGGUCAAGGUUGGUUUAAAGUAAAAAAUUAGUGUGUCCUUUGCACCAUAAAGACCAGGGUACCACGUUAGAUUUAAAAUAAAAGAUAUAGAUAUAAUUAUUAUUUUACCUUAUUCAUGAAUCAUUUUGUUUAGCGUGGGUGACACUAAUGGUUAGACAUGUUAUUAAUGUGUUAUUUUACUUUUAUAUGCUUUCUCUGGGGUCUUUCUAGGUUUUUUGUCUAAAUAUGAAAGCAUUCUUAUGAAAUUACAAAGGAAUAAACAUUUCGACAAUCUGGUUAUAACUGAAAUUGCAGAAUUGAAAUCAAAAGUUCUUCAUGUUACCCUUGAAAAAUACUGCAGCAUUAGCAAAUACAUGUAACACAGCUUUUAUGAAAAACCGAUUAACAGUCCAUAAAGAAUAUAUAUGCCUUACUUAAAUAAUCUACUGUGUAAGAAAAUCAUUAACUUAAAAAUGAACAUUUAGGUUUUUUUCUACUUGUAUUGUACAGCUGUAUGAGUUCAGACUGCAAACAGAUUUUUGCUCACACUUUCAAAAGUUACAGGAAUAUCACCUUGUAAAUGUACAGAUGUACACUGAUUGUGUCUCCAUAGUAAUUAUGACACUGAAGUAAAAGUCGUAAUCACUUGUUAUAAUUUUAUUUUUGUACAGUGUAAUAAUAAUUAUAUAUCCCGUGACAGAUCGACCGCAAAGUUACUAGUGAGUCUAAAGUGUGCCUCUUCUUGUGUCAAAAAAAGUAACCGCCACACACCUAAGACUUAGUCAAGACAAAACUAAUUAUUAGUUUUGUCUUGAUUAAGUCUUAGGUUGGUCAAACCUGUAUUAAACGGCCACUAACCCAUUCCCCAAGGAAACGACUGUAAUCUGCAGAACAUCUGUUCGGAGAAGCAAAUAUUACCCAGAAUUUUCUAUUACUUGAGGACGGCUAAAUAUUUCUAGAUGACCGUUUCACUCAUGUACAAUUUUCGAAGCCUAUCUAAUAAAUUCUCUACGAUUUUUCUGAAGUUUAAUUUUUUUUUUCACAUUUCACUAUUUCACUAUUUCGUAGAAAAAAGAAAACCUAGAAUUUUUGGAUUCAAAAAAAUAUGUUAGAGAGAGAAAUCAGAAAAAUUCUCACUUUCGUAAUACAUGAAAUUGCCUCUAAAACUUUCGAGAAAAUAAUACUGAGGCCCUUGUGAUUUCGAAGACUCAAGUUCCCCUAGGAUCACCAAACAGAUACAGAGAACAGAUGCAAAUUUUAAUGCAUCGCUUAGAAUGCAUUUCUAGAGAUCUUAAAGUACUCUGGAUAGCCUCAAAAGUGUUUUUAAUGUAUUUGGGAGGGAACCGUCGCUGGGUGCCCCUGAAUACAGGAUUGACUGUGGUCCGCUCAGCAGCCCAAGUGGUGACAUUCAUGUUCAAGUUUCAUGAUCAAGUUUGAUUCAAUUAUUGUUUUCUCUUUCAGCAUGUUCCAUCAAUAGUUGUCCUUGUUUACAGUAUUCUGUGUAUCAUCGGUGUCCUUCCUAUAAUUCUUCUGGUUAUGGUUUUAUCUGGUACUGUCAUUGGCUGGGUGUAUUUAAGGUUUUACCAGCCUCGUGGAAAAGGAGUCAAGGGAGACCUGAGUGAAGGCUUCUCCUGCGCAAGUUUCUUUCCGGAAGCUGCACAGUAAGCAAACUUUAAUUUGCAAUGCUGGAUCGUUAUUAUGUCUCAUAUACAAACGUUUUGGUGUAUGGCACAAUGCAAAGGAGAGGUCCUCUUGACUAGAACUUUUGGUCUUCUCAAAUUUCUGGGCAAAAACCCAUUAUCUCCAGACUCAGCUGCAAUGGGUGGCCACUGAAGGAAUAUUAAAAAUUAUAUAUUUUCAAUUCCCCACUUUAAAUUCGUUCAUGUAAUCAAAGUUUAAAAUGAUCCACUUUUAAAGUCAGAAAGGUACCAUUGAAAAAAAAUUGGUUUCCUUUAAAACAAAAAAAAACGAAAACACUGACCCUUUCAUAUGUUUUGACGCCCUUAACAGUCAGACGUUUUAAAUUUACCUCUGUUUUUUACUGGACGUUAGUCAUCCUUUAAGAUGACUUAAUUCUCAGACGAAUUUAAUGUCUCUAGCAUAAAAACGGGGAAAAGACAGUUAGGGCUCUAGAGUUAAGUAACGGCACACAACUUUUUCACCAAAGUAUCUUUCAGAGAUUUUAAGAUACCCGGUUUUUUAAGCUGUUAACAAAGUACCUCACCCUCUGACUUUCUUGGUUGUCCAAAAUGGUUUCAUCACUUGCAUUAAUUUUUAUGAGUGAAGUUCCUCUUUCUUUGUAAAAACAGAUCACCAGUUAAUACACUUUCAACCAUUAUAUUUAACACUCUGGUCCGUCUGAAAGUGUGUCACAAACCGAUCAGAACGUAUGAUGUGGGGGCACCAUCAGCCAUUACAAUCAGCUUACCUGGAAUGGAUCCUGUUGAUGCUGAAAGAAGAAGGUACUGUGUAAAAACCUGUUGUUCAGAUCGAUCAUCCAAGUCGAACUUUAAACCCUACUGGACGCAGGCCAAAUGUUCAUUUUGUUUCCUUUGAACAUUUUUAAUUUUAUUCCGCAGGACGCAUUGGUUAACAAAAUCAUGUUCUGUUUGAAUGAAAUGUAAAUACACGCCACAUUUGAAGCGCCAAAAAAACAAUUUUAAUAACCGCCGCAGUGCUUAUUCGAGUAAAUACGUUAUUAGCCUGGGGAAGGGGACACUGUAGAUACAUAAAAGAAACAUCCUUCCCCUUCCCCCCCCCCCCCCCCUAACUGCCUUCUAUGCAGAAUCAUACGCUAUUCAGAUACAGACAUACCGUCAUUGACAUUAUAAAUAGUGUCACUGGAAAUCAGUAGUUUUGCCCAUAGUAAGUUAGUCCCCGCCCCUAGAGUAUGCCCUCUCCAAUGUAAUUUAUUAGUUUCCCUUGGAUGGAAGUUUGAUGAGCUGAGACGUUAUGUGACUUGUGUAUAUGUUUUUAGAUCCCCCACUGAGUGGGUCUUCUACUUAUAUUCACAUUUAUAUACCUCUUUGUUUCAGCCAUGACACGAAAAAGUCCGAUACACAUGUGUAUACCUCUGUCGUCGUUCGUUUAGUUUUUGAUCAAGCGUUCGCGAAGUGAGUCGUAGGCGAAACGACCGUAAAUCAUAACCCAUCUGGUUCAGUUUAUAGACUGAGAUUGACUUAAGCAUUAUUAAGGGCUUACAGAGUACAUACAUAUGUCUUUCUUAAACGAUAUGCUAAAGUUAUCGCUUUAUACUUUUAGGCAAAAGGCACUCAAAGCUCUUAAUGAGAGACUACAAAAACUGGAGCAAACAACAAGCUGGCCAUCACUAGAUGGACCUGAAGGAAAGGACCCAGACAGUCCUGUUAGUCCAGUGAAUGCAGUGGAUGAAAUGCCCGAGAUAGUGGUGGAUCAGGGUACAACAAAAAGGACCGAGGGAGUACCAAACAGCUCUAGUGUACCUACGUAACACAGAUACCAUCAACUGCCGCUAAUAAGCCCUACCUCAUACAUAAUUAUUCGUAAGGAGUUUUAGAAAAACUUAUAAAUGGGGGGGCUUUUUUCGGAGGGGUCUUAUAACCGGAAGCGCUUAGAAACAAGCUAUAGCAGUGCCGAUUAUGGUCUUUUAAAUUCAUUUCAAUAAAUUUGAAGGGUGGAUGGCUUAUAAUUAGAUGAGAUGGGUGUGACAAUUUUUUGUUUACAGGUAGGCUUGUCUAUAACUGGGGGGCUAAAAAAAUGGCGGGGCUUAUUAGUGGCAGUUUACAGUAGGGAAAUAAUGGUCUGAUAAGAACUUUGGUUUGUAUCACUGAUGCAGUUCCAUAAUUCAAAGGCUACUGAAAUGCCACUUAAAAAACCAAACAAACAAACAAAGCAACCAACAAUUAAGCGAGCAAGUUUAUUUUCUUUUCAGUUGUAGAUUAGUAAUCUUCAUUUUUGAUAGUGCGCGUGCCAAACUAAACCGUUUAACAAGGCUCAUUUUGGGGGGAAUAUCAGGUUUGUUAGAGUGUUAUAGAUUCACAGCUGCUUGUUGCAUCGACUGUUUAUGCCUGUCUCCCUAAGUUCUAAUGCAUAUUUCAUUUAGUUAAAACAUUGCCAACUAAUAUUCAGCCCACAUUCGGUAAACACAAAUUUGUAAGCACAAAUUACCGAAUGUGGCCUGAAUAUUAGUAGGCAAUGUUUUUACCAAAUGAAAUGUGCAUUAUUACAGACAGUAUGGUACGAGUCAAGACCAGCCUAGUUGCCAUGGUCCCCUCUCUUUGAAGGAGGAAGGAAGAGGAGUCUGGAAACUAAGUUGCCUUAGACUGCAAUGUCUGUUAGGUGAAAUUGUCUUGGAAGCCAUCUAGCUCUCAUCCAGCUAGGUGGUCAGAUAUUUUAGAAGAGUGUGCUUGAAGAUGUUAUAUAUUUUUUUUCUCGAAAAAGGUAUUUAAUUUAUGGUGAAAAACAAUUUCAGACACGUAGUGUGAAGACUUUGCUAUAACUCUGUAUUAACUACCUCACGUUACGUCUUUCUCCUGUCUUCAACAACGAGUCAAAAUGAUGUGUCAUGAGCUCGAUAUUUUGACAAAUGUGUCUCAGAAAGUGGUCUGCUUUUGCAAUAGUUAAGUUGCCUUCCCACUAUUAAGUUGAAGUGCAAUUUCAGACAUGCCGUUAGAAUCUUUUGGUUUGAGUUAAGCUUUGAGUUUAAAUCACUCUCUUGCGCAUGCGUGUGUCCCCGUCUGUUUUUCAGUGUUGAGUAAAAUUAGUAAACUCGUAUCCAGGCAAACGUACCGAGAAACGUUUUGUAGUAAAUGUGUCUGAGAUUGGUUGAAAACCUAUUGAAGUAAUAGGCUAUCGAAAGGGGAUAAAUAAAGUUAAAUUAAAGCCUGGGCCCUCGCCAAACGUGGAACUUCACUUGUGAUUACUGACCUACCGCGGAUGAGUGAGCGCAAUAGAUUUUGAUCAUUAGCAUUAAGUUUGGUGAAAUGUGAAGUUCGACUCUUGGUGUAUUUGGAGUUAUAAAACAAAAAAAUAUAAUGUCGUCUUGUAUAUACUGUACAUUUUUAGUGUUCAUUCAGUGAGCACGUUCACAAUUCCACAAUUCACGCCCGGGAAUAGGUCAAUGAUUCUUAGUCUGCCUGUUUCUGUUUAACAAAUCGACAACAAUUUUCCAUGGUCCGUGCUGUUCAUCGACCGUGGAAAUGACGGCAAUAUGUUCAAAACUCAAGUGGAGUCACGAGCCGCAAGUGGGUGGUUUCACUGCAAAGUUUUGAACAUUUUGCCAAAGUUCGCCUAUGAUAUGGAAAAAUGAAUUGUGUAAAUGCCUAAUUCAAUAAAGGUUGCUUUGACAAUUGGUCAUUGGGAUUUGGGCAUUGGGCAUUUGGGCACACGUGAAUCUCACUACAAUGAUUUCCUUGAAUGACCGCCAAGCAAUAGCUUCCCAGCGCGCAUUUGCCCAAUGCUAAAGCAACCUAUAUUGAAUCAGGUGUAUUACUGUUUGAAACACCUUCAACGGUCCAGUUUCGAGUUUGUUGUGAAUGUGUGCGAAGAGCUGUGGACGCAUACUUAAAACGGGCAUAUAUAUAAGCUUAUAUUAGUUUCAUCUGUCAUGAAAGCUUUCACGAAUACUUCCUUUUACUUUUUAAGUUUAGGCGCCCUCCUGCUGGUAUUUGAGAAAAUUUUACUUUAUCAAUGACGUUUAAGAGGACUAAAUGGCUGACUCGUUCCCAAUCGUCUUCGCGCAACGCGCACGGCGGGAGCAGGGUGUGGUGGGAAGGGAGAAGAGAGGAAGACUCUCCCUCGCUUUUGUCCUUCCCAUCAUACCCUGCGCGACACUGGGGAGGUUGUGAGAGAAGAUUGGGGACGAGUCAGGGUAAAUGGAGCAAACAUGUACACAGUUACGUAUUGUGUGUAAUGUGACUGUAUAUAAAGUAAAAUACUAACAUGGUACUAAUUAAAUAGUAGCCACAAAGAUGAAUGGUGUAUUUAAGAUUUCAAAUAUGAAAUAAAGAGGUAAAUUACUUAGGGUUUAGUGUGCGAACCUUAACUUUUUAGGGAGG